GCACCAAUAGGAGAAGAGCGGGAUCGAUUGGACACGUCUUACUGCAAAAUGGCAGCCAACGCGACUACCAACCCGUCUCAGCUUUUGCCGCUCGAGCUGGUGGACAAGUGCAUAGGCUCUCGCAUUCACAUUGUGAUGAAAAGCGAUAAAGAAAUCGUUGGCACACUCCUAGGAUUUGAUGACUUUGUCAACAUGGUAUUAGAAGAUGUUACAGAAUUUGAGAUCACACCUGAAGGACGAAGAAUCACAAAGCUAGAUCAGAUUUUGCUAAAUGGAAAUAACAUAACAAUGCUGGUUCCUGGAGGAGAAGGACCAGAAGUGUAAAUAAAUUUAUUUGCCAUCACUGAAGAUUUUCUGCUAAAU